CUCAGUAUGUGUUCCAAACUUCGUACACAUCUCCCAAUAAGAUACCCCGCUCACUGUACUCUCUUCACUUUAUUUAUUUGUAAAGUUUUUUUUUUUUUUUUUUCAAGAAUUCAUAAAGAGUUGUUGAAUGAGAAAUUAGAAACAUUCAUUUUCUAAAACAAUACUGAAGAGAUCACUAUCCAUGGAAUCCAUAAUCCUGAAACUUGUCUUUCCACCACCACCUUCUAUCUUCCUCAAUACAUUAUCCUUGAUUAAUAUUCCUUCCUUGGCCCUCGGCGGGCUCUCCGAACUCAGAGGCAACAAUAUGCCUUAUUCCAAAUUCUUCAUCACCAACAACAAUAAUAAUAAUAAUGUAAAUGCUACUAAUCUUCAAAAACAGUCUUCAUCCCAAGAGAAAAAAACUACUGAAGAGGUCAAGGUGUCUAGUAGAUUAGGCAUGCUUAUAUGUUACACUCCAGCUUUCCUAGCCACCUUGGCUUUUUACCUUCUUUUUCCCCAAGAGAGCUACAGCUUGAGAAUGCUCUUGCUCAAUUUGACUCUGGCUCUUCAUUUCUUCAAGAGGAUUUUUGAGGUACUAUGUGUUCACAAGUACAGUGGCAACAUGGGUCUUAAAACUGCAGUAAUAAUCGGCACAGGUUACUUAUCAUCCACAGCAAGUAUGAUUUAUGCUCAACACCUUUCACAAGGGCUUGGAGAGCCAACCAUUGAUCUGAAAUAUAUUGGGUCAUUGUUGUUCUUAAUUGGGCUAAGUGGGAAUUUCUACCACCAUUAUCUUCUUUCCCAAUUAAGAGAAAAGGGUGAGAAGAAGUAUAAGAUUCCAAAAGGUGGUCUUUUUGGGUUAGUCAUAUGUCCACAUUACAUGUUUGAGAUCAUAGAAUUUUUGGGGUUCUUUUUCAUUUCUCAAACAUUACAUUCAUUUUCUAUAGCCAUAGGCACAAUGUUUUACUUGGGGGGAAGGAGUGUUGCUACUAGGCAAUGGUACCUCACUAAAUUUGAGGAUUUUCCUCAACAUGUUAAGGCUCUCAUUCCAUAUUUAUUCUAGAUAUGAAAAAUGUACACUUUCAAAUAGUGCAAUAUGAAGCAGCAACCAAAAGCCAAAACUGUUAUAACUCAAAAAAUUGUUUUGAUUAAGAGGUUUUAUAAUAAAUUUAUUUUUACUAAAAA